AAUAGUUUAUUGCUAUGUAAAUAUUCUUACUUUUUAGAGCUUAAAAAAUGCUUAUCAUGUUUUAGCAUCUGUUCUUUAUCCUGUUGAAUUUUUAAUUUGAAAAUCUAUUUAUAUUAAAAGACAAAUCAUUAUGAAACUUAACAUUGAUGGACUUUUGGUUCUUUUCCCCCAUGAUUUCAUUUAUCCUGAGCAGUAUUCAUAUAUGCUAGAACUGAAACGAACACUUGAUGCUAAGGGUCAUUGUUUGUUGGAAAUGCCUUCUGGAACAGGAAAAACAGUAUCACUGAUAUCUUUGAUUGUUGCAUACAUAAAAGAACGUCCUCAUCAUCUUAGCAAGUUUGUUUAUUGUUCAAGAACCGUUCCUGAAAUUGAGAAGGUGAUGGAAGAGCUAAAGAUACUCUUUGAUUAUUAUAAAAAAGAAACAGGUCAAGAUUUAAAAAUGGUUGGGUUGGCAUUAAGUUCCAGGAAAAAUCUUUGCAUUCACCCCGAGGUUAAAAAUUUAAAAGACGGAAAACAAGUUGAUGGAAAAUGUCAUACUUUAACUGCUUCUUUUGUUCGAACAAGAUAUCAGGCUGAUAAACAAACACCAGUUUGUCAGUUUUAUGAGAACUUUGAUUCAUUUGGUCGAGAGGAGCCUCUUCCGAGUGGGAUUUACAACCUGGAAGAUCUUAAACAAUAUGGGGAAGAAAUUGGAUGUUGUCCUUAUUUUAUGGCACGACAUGCUAUUUCUCUUGCCAAUAUUGUAGUCUACAGUUACCACUAUUUGUUAGAUCCAAAAAUUGCUGAUUUAGUUUCAAAAAGUUUUCCAAAGUCAUCAGCUGUUGUAUUUGAUGAAGCGCAUAAUAUUGAUAAUGUUUGUAUUGAUUCAAUGACUGUACAUAUUAAUCGAAGAACUCUUGAUAAGUGUCAUUCAAAUAUUGAUAAGUUAGCUGAGCAUGUCCAAAGAAUAAAAAUGACAGAUGCAAAAAAAUUAAAUGGAGAAUAUGAGAGAUUGGUUCAAGGUUUGCGUGAGGCUCAAGAAGCUCGAGAAACAGAUCAAUAUCUUGGAAAUCCAGUUUUACCAGAUGCUGUUCUGGAAGAAGCUGUACCUGGAAACAUACGUCAGGCUGAACAUUUUAUAGCAUUUAUGAGGAGAUUUGUGGAAUACCUAAAAACACGUCUUCGUAUUCAACAUGUUGUAUCUGAAACACCUCCUUCUUUUUUACAACACAUUCAUCAGCAAGUUUGUAUUGAACGCAAACCUUUAAGAUUUUGUUCUGAAAGAUUACGCUCAUUACUGAAUACACUUGAGCUACCUGAUAUCACUGAUUAUAGCGGUCUGUCCCUUGUAGCAAAUUUUGCAACUCUUGUUAGUACUUAUUCAAAAGGUUUUGUAUUAAUUAUUGAGCCAUUUGAUGACCAGACUCCAACCAUUCCAAAUCCUAUCAUACACUUCUGUUGUUUGGAUGCUUCAGUUGCCAUUAAACCAGUAUUUGAGCGCUUCCAAUCUGUAGUUAUCACGUCAGGAACUUUAUCUCCUGUUGACAUGUAUCCUAAACUUUUGGACUUUCAGCCAGUUAAUAUGUCCACUUUUACCAUGACACUAGCAAGGCAAUGUGUGUUGCCUAUAAUUUGCAGUAAAGGAAAUGAUCAAGUUGCCAUUAGUUCAAGUUUUCAAACCAGAGAUGAUAUGGCUGUCAUUCGAAACUAUGGAAAUUUGUUGGUCGAAAUGUCUGCAUCAGUACCAGAUGGUAUUGCUUGUUUUUUUGUCAGCUAUUUAUACAUGGAAACAGUUGUUUCAAUUUGGCAUGAUCAAGGUAUUAUUAGCAAUAUUCAAAAGAAUAAACUUUUGUUUAUUGAAACUCAAGAUGGCCCAGAAACAGCUCUAGCACUCUACAAUUAUCAAAAGGCUUGUGAAAAUGGAAGAGGUGCAAUUUUGCUAUCUGUUGCAAGAGGAAAAGUAUCAGAGGGUAUUGAUUUUGAUCAUCAUUAUGGAAGGGCUGUCAUAAUGUUUGGAAUUCCGUAUGUUUACACACAAAGUCGUAUUCUAAAGGCUCGCUUGGAGUUUCUUAGAGAUCAGUUUAACAUCAGGGAAAAUGAUUUCUUAACAUUUGAUGCAAUGAGGCAUGCUGCUCAGUGUGUUGGACGUGCAAUGAGAGGAAAAACUGAUUAUGGUAUAAUGUGUUUUGCUGACAAGCGUUUUUCUAAAGCUGAUAAAAAAGGGAAGUUACCAAAAUGGAUUCAAGAACACCUAAAGCCUUGUAAUUGUAAUUUAUCUAUUGACGAGGCUGUUCAAGUUUCCAAACGAUUUCUACGACAAAUGGCGCAACCGUUUUCCCACGAGGACCAAUUGGGCAUGUCUUUGCUGACUGUUGACCAAGUGCAGUCAGAAGAGUUCCAAGCACGGAUUCAUUCCGCUGCGCAAGGCUGAAUUUUAUUGUCAAGAACCUUUAAAAGAUUCUGAUAAAAAAUUAAUUCAAGAUUGUGACUUAAAUAGAAUUUUCCCUGAUCAA